AUGUCUCUCUCAACCUCCAAAUCGCCGCUCACACCACCGAGCCCAGACUCGAGAAUGAUCGACUGUCCAUUCAUCGCAAGAGUUUGUCAUACAUGCGACAAAUAUGAGACAACAACCGGGGUCCUGAAACACUGCGGUCACUGCAAGUCGCCAGAAAUCCUCUAUUGCUCCCGCAAAUGCCAAGAAGAAGAUUUCAAAGAGCACAAGAAAACGUGCAGACUCAAUAACAAGAUAUUUGCAUUCACCGGCCCACCCGUUGAGAAACGCGUGCCAAAAAGCAGCCCGCUCUGCUCGUGGCUCCACAACCGACCAGAGAAAGACGUCUUCAUGCUCCUUAUCGACGUCUACCGCCUACGGAUGGAGCAGGCAUAUAUGUACGGAGGGUUCGUCGAUUUCGACGGCAUCUACAGUCACGGUGAAGACGGGAGUAAUGGAUUGAUCCGAUUUCUGAAAUUGCUUGAGCCCAAGCCUGAUAUAUUGCCGGAUUGGUGGUCUUCAUCCAAGCUGAGCGAGUGUGUUGAGUUUGGCUUUCGUGCUCAUGUUUCUGGUUCUUCCUGGAGUGAUAUUGCUUUGGCUAUUCGGGAGGAUGAUGUCGUUGAGCAUUAUGGAGAUCUUUCUAUGCCAAAUCAGUUGCGGUUGUUUGGUGAAAAGGUUUAUGGAAAUGGCCCUGGGGGCAGCAUUAGUGGAAAUGCGAUUUUGGCAGUUCAUCUGGCUGCUGAGAAGGAGUAG